AUGCAAGAGUAUAGAAAACGGGGUGGACGUAAACAUAUGACAGUUCGUAUAAUAGAAUUAUUAAAAAGCUUUUUUCAUGCUGGUAACAUUGAUAAAAGUGAACGAUAUACUGCAAAAAACAUGCUUGAUGUAUUAGAGAAAAAAGCAGAAGUUGGUGAAUUAGAAACUAGUGAAGUACCAAAGCUCAAAACUAUAGAAAAUUGGAUCGGACGUUAUGCACAGCAGUAUAAAAAAGAUUUAGCUGAAAAAGCACAAAAUUU